ACUUCAAAAUACAAUUUGAAAAAAAUGGCGGCUUCCAUGACUGGAAGUCAUAUUUUGUCACAAGUUCAAAGCCUGAAUGCUGUGAAAGCUUUACACCAGAGAUGUAUAGAGCUGGAAAAAUUUCUAAGGAACACAAGUACUAAGGAAUUGAAGAACAUCCUGCCAUAUUUGUUCGAGAAAAUAUUUGGGUAUGGACUGGACCCAGGCUGGGGGUUGGACCUGAUCAGCAGAUCAUCCAGCCCUCAGGACUUCGAUUACGUUAGAAGACUACUAGCUCCAGAGGGACCCCUCCUGUCUGUUGUAUACACCCUGAUGAUGGAUUCAUUCUAUGAAUUUCCCAUGAACAACUUACCAUCUCCAACCCAGCAUCUAAUUGAAGAUGGCAGUCUACCGAUCUUUUAUGCCAACAAACUUCAGUAUCAUAAUUAUGGUCGACCAAUCAUAGUCCUUAAUGCCUAUGAGCUGUACAUGUUUCAUCUGGCGUACCAUUUAGUCAAUCCCAAUGUUCAGAAACACAGCACUAACUGGAGCAACAUAACAGACACCCUGUACCCCGUCCUGAUCGAAGAUUAUCUGAACUACUUUUUACCUUUGAACAAAGACAGCCUGCCCAAGAUGCCCACAGUUCAGACCCCUGUCCGUAGUCCAGUGAUGCAUUCUCCAAUGGCUGGGAAGUCCUUCAACAUGGCCUCCUCACCCCCCUCCCCACAGCGUCCAAGUCUCCUGAAGUCCAGCUUUGUGUCGGCCCAGAAGCAGCAUGUCCAGACAGCUACCGUCAUCAGUCAGGGGGAGACAACUGAAACAUAUCGAUCGGACACUAUGAUACAGGUGUUUGCAGAGUUUUGGUUGAACCAGAACCCAAUCAGCAUUGACAGGCAGUCGUUUUCUCACACAGCUUCACCUUAUGGUCCAGGACUUCCGAGGGGACCAUACCAGUACUGGUUUGAGAAUUUCAUGCCCACCACGAAUCAUGUCCGCCUGGUGAGACUGCUGGUAAAACAUGUCCAUAACUUUGUCAACACAGUGAAGCCAGAGGUGGUUUCUUCUCCAUAUCAGAGCCACAUCCCGUCAAUGCUAGAUGAAUUCAAAAGAUCACUCAUUCCUCACGUCAUCCAGAAGAAAUUGUACACAUUUCUCCGCCAUGGUUUUGAUAGGUGGCCACUGGACUGCUCCUUCAGACUGCUUUUAGAAACUUGGUUGACCUAUAUACAGCCUUGGCGGUACGUUCUCAGUAAGUCAUCGACUGGACGCAGAGACAGUGACGCUAAUGACAGCAAAACAGUGGAGGAGAAAUGGUUUUCCUUCGUAGAAGACAACCUGUUGUUUUACACUGUGCUCCACCAGGAAUUUACACAAAGAGUGUUUAGAAUGGACCUCACUACUCAGUUCAAUGCAUGCAUGCUCUUCAGAGCAAACAAGGUAUACAGUCUGCCAAACCUGUCAAACAUGAUAUUUAGAGCGGAGAGGGACAUGUGCAAUGCUAUUUGGAUGGGACGUCCCGGGCACCCGGACUUGGGAGGGAGCUACAUCUCGCCGGAGGCUAGCUUGUCCCUCAACACUCAGAUUUCGGAGCUGGAGAAGCCCGGCUUCCAAUACUGUAGGAUGUACAGCAAGGAGAUGAUACACACGAUGAAAGCUAUUUUGGGACAUAUAGAAGUUGCCAAACAGAUUCUUUCAGUCCAGGAAGAAUCUUUCAACAGAACCAAAAAAUCGGGAUUAGCAGCCAUAUUCGAUGUGUCAUCUUGGUUCCAGGAUGACCACAGCAUGGGGGAUAUGUCUCCCUCAGAGGUUAAGAAAGUUCACUCCUACUUAGAUACAGCUGCUGUCAAUAUAUGCUACAUAUCCGAGAUCGAGUCUCCUCGAUUCGAUCAGUCAUCGUAUUUAGAGCACUCCUUGACGUCUGAUAGAAUCCCCGACUGUGAAGAGACAAAGGAGGGCUUUUUAUUAACACCUCUAGGAAGACAUCAGUUGAUGAACAAAAUGAGGAAGUUUGAUGUGGUGUAUCAGGGUGACCCAGAUUUACAGCCAAUCAGAAGUUUUGAAAAUGCCACAUUAGUUCGAGUGCUUCAUUAUUUCUGCAACUUUAUCAAUACUCAGUAUGGUCAGGAUAUCCAGAACUUGUGUGACAGGAAUGACUUAAUAGGACGAAUGGCACAGGUUUAUUUUGCCCCACCUCUUCCAUUAAACAGUAAUUUGAAUUCUCCGAUAUCAAGCACAAGAAAACAAACACUUCAGCUACCCAGACUCAGUCUACGACCGCUGGCGAGUUACCGCACUCUCGUGUACGUUGGACUGUGUUACCUUGUGCUGACUUUGUGGUGGGGGGUGGGACCGGUGGGAUUUUUCUUCUGUGUGAUCGGAGUUGUGUUAUUGUAUGGAUUUUUCUCUGCCAUGAUUCACAGAUCUAGCGUCAAAAUGAACUGAAAUAAAUUUUUAUAGUAUCUAUGCUAAUUAAUUGUGAGAGGACGUAUAUAGUAUCUAUGCUAAUUAAUUGUGAGAAGAUUUAUAUGGUAUCUAUGCUAAUUAAUUGUGAGAGGAUUUAUAUGGACACAAAUUAAUGGUAUGAAUGAACUGUGGACAUAAUGAAAAGGUAUGGAAAAUUGAAUGAAUUGUGGAAAAAUAAAAUAAUGCACAAAUUUAA